GACAAUUUUCCCGCAGAGCCCAAUUACAUGGGCAGCAGGCAGCAGUUUGUUCAAAGUAGCUCCACGUUUAAGGACCCAGAAAGAGCCAGCCUGAGAGACAGUGGGCACGGGGACAGUGAUCAGGCUGACAGUGACCAAGACACUAACAAAGGCUCCUGCUGUGACAUGUCUGUUAGGGAGGCACUCAAGAUGAAAACUACUUCAACUAAAAGCCAACCACUUGAACAAGCAUUCCCGACUUUGCUUUCCUUUGCUAUCCUCACCCUACACACCAUCACAAGUAGACUUCAGUCUGUUGAUCUGCUUCCUCCAGAACCAGAAGAGUGUGUUAAUUGCACAGAUGAAUGCCGAGUGCUUGGUCAUUCUGACAGGUGCUGGAUGCCACAGUUCCCUGCAGCCAAUCAGGCUGAAAAUGCAGAUUACCGCACAAAUCUCUUUGUACCUACAGUUGAAGCUAAUGUUGAGACUGAGACUUACGAAACUGUGAAUCCCACUGGGAAAAAGACUUUUUGUACAUUUGGAAAAGACAAGCGAGAGCACACUAUUCUCAUUGCCAACGUUAAACCUUAUUUAAAAGCCAAACGUGCCCUGAGCCCUCUCCUCCAAGAGGUCCCCUCAGCAUCAAGCAGCCCAACCAAGGCAUGCAUCGAGCCUUGCACCUCAACAAAAGGCUCCCUGGAUAGCUCUGAAGCAAAACCAGGAGCCCUGGCUGAAGCAAGCAGUCAGUACUUGCCCACUGACAGUCAGUAUCUGUCGCCUAGUAAGCAACCAAGAGACCCUCCCUUCAUGGCUUCUGAUCAAAUGGCAAGGGUCUUUGCGGAUGUGCAUUCCAGAGCCAGCCGGGAUUCCAGUGAGAUGGGUGCUGUUCUUGAGCAGCUUGACCACCCCAACAGGGAUCUGGGCAGAGAGUCCGUGGAUGCAGAGGAAGUUGUGAGAGAAAUUGAUAAGCUUUUGCAAGACUGCCGGGGAAACGACCCUGUGGCUGUGAGAAAGUGAAAAAAAAAAAAAAAAAAAAAAAGGCAUUGGCAUUUUCUUGUCUCUUCUGUUGAUUUAAAGAUGAUUCCUCCUGGUGAUAACCCAUUUUACAGGGAUGAAGAAAGACCAAUGCUGCUUUAAGGCUUUUAGUGAACAUCUGAAGUGCCCACAAGUAUGUUCUUCCCACUGCUGUUUCUUUUUCAGAGAUAACAAUGGUUUCGUUUUGACCAAACUUAUAUUAGGACAGAAUUAUUGAUGCUUAAAGAGAAAAGAAAAAAGGGAAGAAAAAGGAGAGAAGAAAAAGGAGGAUAAGAAGAAUUACCUUUUGACAAUCUGUUAGGAAGGUAUGCAGUGUGAGAAAUGAAGUAUUUCUGAUCACUCUCAGACUGUCCUCCGUGAUUUAUGCUGACUUAACUGUUUACCUAUAAACCCCAUACAAAGCAGGGUCAUAAUUUGUGAUCUGUGGUGGAUUUCUAGCAGUCAUCACAGGCUUCUACUGAAAGUCCUGAAAAGACCUUGCAGUAGUCCAAGCUACACCAAACAUUAACACGUAUUUGUGGUAAACAUUUCUGUAUAAAGUUACCUGACACACAUAUAAACACAAGGAACAUUCCAUAUCAUUAGUCAAAAACAAAAAUAAAAACAACAACAAAAAAAAAACCUUUGGUCAUUUGUAAGACAUCUCAUGUCGUAUAAAAGUUAAAUGUAAAAAGAUAUAGUCCAUUUUGUCCUGCACACACGUAGACUAAUUCACGUCAUUAAAGGAGAAGAAAAUUUAAAGAUUUAAAAUGCCUAUUUAGCAUUUUAGUGUCCAACAAAGAUUUAAACAAUGAUGAGUAUGUUUUAAAUUUGACAUAGAAAAGUUCUAAAAAUUAGUUACCAUUGAGUGGUAAGAUUCAGAGAAAAUUAACUGGAUUAAUAUGUUUUAUUCAUUUGUGGACACUAAAAUAGCUCAGGAGAGUGAAAAUGUCUUAGACAUACACAAGUCACAUGACCAUUUAAAUGUGCAAAUGUAAGAAGAUUCAAUGUGUUUACAUCAAAUGACAUAUUUUUUAUUGAUUUAUUGCAGAUUCAGUGCAUAUGAGCCAAAUUGUUGAGUGUAUAAGAGCUAUAUUGUGUAUUUUAUUAAAUUAAUAUAUAGUUGUGUUGCAAAAAUAUUUGGGCUUAUAUUGUAAAUGGCAAGUGUUGCCUCGGUAGCUGUCGAACUCUAUGAGUUUUGUUUUUUCCUGCUUCCUUUUCCCCAUGGAGUGUGGGAAGCAGUGCCUCAGAGCAAAGUCUCUUGUUUAAUGUAUAGUCUACCAAGUACUACAGUACAUAAUCUGUUCAAAAUGUGUUUGAGUGAGCUGAUGGAGCUAACUGAAAGGUCAAAAAAUACAUCCAUCAGUCAUGGUUAUGUGCAAGUCCUUGUAGAAGAUUUUAUUAAAGUCAUGCUAAAUCACAAGAAUUAACAUUUGUACCAAUAUCUGAAACUCUUCAUGUUUUUUCAAUAACAUACAGCUUCUGCCUAUGUAGAUAUUAUACCAUCAGUUGGUUCUCAAAGUAUUUUAAGUGGUUCAGAUGUGUGUUCCCAUUAAAUUUCAAAAACAUGAAAAAUGCUUUAAUGCAUGUAUGUACCAGCAGUGGUUACUUGCAUUGUGUAGUGUUUUUCAAGAGGUCUGUGUCUUAACAAAAUGUUUUCCUUUAUCUCAGUGCUCUUCUGCCUCUUUUUUGUUGGUGUCCUUUGAGAACAAUACACCUUCUAUUCCUUCAUUUGGUUACACCUUUUCUUGUGACAUUUAGCGAGUUUCAAACUUAAUUCCAUAUGAGGCUAAGAAACCUCAAAUUUCAGGAAUUGGGAAAAAUAAAAUUAGCACUUGCAGAAGUAGCAGCAGAUGGGAAAAUGCCUUGAUUGACAUUUUCUUUCAGCAUUUAAAAUUUUUGGCAUUUUACAGCUUCAUGACAAACAGUUUUGUGCCCAUACCUUAGAAAAUGUGGUGCUGAGUUAAAUAAAGGCUGUUUGAGCACUGGAGCAGAAAAAUGCAUUAUUUGCAAACUGGUGGAGAAUUUUGUGCCUUCUCUUCUGGCCACCAAGCCAGUGUAGAAACAGCAUAAAUGUCAUAAAAAUUCUUAUAUUUAAAACAAAAACAAAAGCAAAAACAAACAUUGAAUUAAAUUAAGUUUUGUAAUUUUAAACUUUAAAAACUUCUACUGAAAAUACUUCCAUCAAAUGCCAUCAAUAUUUUAGACUGUACCUCGUUUGCAGAACUGCUUUGAGAGAGAAGAGUGGACAACUCCCAUCAGCCUUAUUCUCUUGAGAACUAUAUUUUGGUUCCUAGUAACAGCCUUUCCAAAGCUCUACUCUUGGUGUUUAUUACUCAUAAAUGUUUAAAUUAGAAAAGAAGGGAUCUUGUACAUGUGAAACCUAAUUGACUCUCUAUAUUUUGGACAAUUUAUGUAUCUGAAAUGUGUUGUCUCUGUUAUAUGACGUUAUUUUUGCCAGGAGACUACAGGUUGAUUUAGCUUGAUAGCUGAAAUUUGAUGGAAAACUGAUUUCCAUUUAGUCUUACCAAGUGUUGCCUCUCUCUUACUAGACAGAUAACCACUUAGUAAAAUCUAAAGCAGUAUGUAAAUGAAAUCAGCAAAGAGAGUAGGGUUUAUUUUUUAAACAUUCUUAAUGCUAAGUAACCAGUUGUUCAAUUUAUUAUAUGUGUCUGAGGACAUUAAAACACCAUAAGAUUUUAAGAAUUGGUUGUGCCAAUGUGUGAGGGAUUUACCUUUAGGCUCUCUGUCACCAGUGAUUUACUAGUGUUAGCUGUUUAACACAUUAUCUGUAUUUAGUAGUGAUUAUUUAUUUACAAGUUGGUGGUAAUACAGCAGUCAGGACUCUAAGCUUUUAUAGUUGAAUUGAAGAAAUCUCGCUUUCAUUCAUUUAGCUGGCAACUGCCUUUAUCGCAGACCUCUGGUGCUUGGCUUUCAAGGAAGCCUAUGAGAUGCCAAAAUCACACCUUUAGGGAACAACUUGCUCUAAUAGGUGAUGCAUGAGCAAACAGUGAGAUUUGAAGGGGUUUUAGCAUAAUUUAGAAUGUGAAAAAAAUAUCAGUUCACAUCUUUCAAGUACUAACCCCUCAAAAAUAUCCCACACAUACAAAAUAUGUGAUGUGAUACUACUUUAGUUCUUUUAGGUCUUUAAGUAACUGAAGUUAAGCACAGAAAAAAAAAAAUCACUUCAUGGAAAUUUCAGUAAGAAACCCAAACUUCUAAAAAUUGCAUACAGAUGAAUUAAAAAAAAAAAUCAGCAACAAAAUAACUUUUUCAUCAGUUAAAAGUAGUGAGAAUCUGUGUUAGUUAUACCUAUACCAAAGUAAACAUUAAAGAGACAUAUCAUGCAAUUUCAAAGAAUUCUUUCAUGCUAUUUCUUAACCUGACACUUCUAACUUUAUUGCAGGCAAUAGACAAAGAUUGGCUCACUACUCCAUAGGUUAAUUGAAUUCCUGGUUGAGAAACUAACUUGUUUUGUUUUCCAAAAUUAGCUGAAAUCUUGUAAAACAUGACUUCUCUUUAAAGGAUCUAGACAUUGCUCAAUUUAAAAUAUGGCACCAUAAAAAAAGCCAUGUAGUAAUAGAGCAUAUGCUAUUUUAGAACCAGGUUAAAAGCUGUUUGUUAUCUAAUAGAGUAGAAGUUACUGAGUUCAACAAAUACACAGGUCUGGCAUAAUAUAUGCCCAGUCAUAAUUGUCUGAUUAUAUUCUUUUGACAACAGACAGCAUUUAUCAGAGCAUUAAUGCAAAUGAGAGUUUUGGCUAUCAAGAUGUGUUGAUUCGAAAUAUAAUUGAAUGAGACCUGAUUAAAGUCUGACUUUCCUGGCCCCAGUGUUUUGCAGGUUGGCUAUUUCCAUUAUCAACCCAUCACUCCAUAAGGUUCUUAGCUGCACCAAGUGAUUGGUGAACAAGAAUAACAACAAAAGCAGCAUACAUUGUAUGGAUUUAUCUCAACGCUAUUGUUUAAUGGCUGUGUUUAAUGUGACCUAUCUGGAAAAUGAGGACUCUGAAUAAAAACCUAUUACUAAUA